AUGGGGUGCCAUGUUGCUACCAGCUGCCACGUGGCCUGGCUUUUGGUGCUGAUCUCUGGAUGCUGGGGCCAGGUGAACCGGCUGCCCUUCUUCACCAACCACUUCUUUGAUACAUACCUGCUGAUCAGCGAGGACACGCCUGUGGGUUCUUCUGUGACCCAGUUGCUGGCCCGAGACAUGGACAAUGACCCCCUGGUGUUUGGCGUGUCUGGGGAGGAGGCCUCUCGCUUCUUUGCAGUGGAGCCUGACACCGGCGUGGUGUGGCUCCGGCAGCCACUGGACAGAGAGACCAAGUCAGAGUUCACCGUGGAGUUCUCUGUCAGCGACCACCAGGGGGUGAUCACACGGAAGGUGAACAUCCAGGUCGGGGAUGUGAAUGACAACGCACCCACAUUUCACAAUCAGCCCUACAGCGUCCGCAUCCCUGAGAAUACACCGGUGGGGACGCCCAUCUUCAUCGUGAAUGCCACAGAUCCCGACUUGGGGGCAGGGGGCAGCGUCCUCUACUCCUUCCAGCCCCCCUCCCAAUUCUUCGCCAUUGACAGUGCCCGCGGUAUCGUCACAGUGAUCCGGGAGCUGGACUACGAGACCACACAGGCCUACCAGCUCACGGUCAACGCCACAGAUCAAGAUAAGACCAGGCCUCUGUCCACCCUGGCCAACUUGGCCAUCAUCAUCACAGACGUCCAGGACAUGGACCCCAUCUUCAUCAACCUGCCUUACAGCACCAACAUCUACGAGCAUUCUCCUCCGGGCACGACGGUGCGCAUCAUCACCGCCAUAGACCAGGAUAAAGGACGUCCCCGGGGCAUUGGCUACACCAUUGUUUCAGGGAAUACCAACAGCAUCUUUGCCCUGGACUACAUCAGUGGAGCACUGACCUUGAAUGGCCUGCUGGACCGGGAGAACCCCCUGUACAGCCAUGGCUUCAUCCUGACUGUGAAGGGCACGGAGCUGAACGAUGACCGCACCCCAUCUGACGCUACAGUCACCACGACCUUCAAUAUCCUGGUUAUUGACAUCAAUGACAACGCCCCGGAGUUCAACAGCUCCGAGUACAGUGUGGCCAUCACUGAGCUGGCACAAGUCGGCUUUGCCCUUCCACUCUUCAUCCAGGUGGUGGACAAGGAUGAGAACUUGGGCCUGAACAGCAUGUUUGAGGUGUAUCUGGUGGGGAACAACUCCCACCACUUCAUCAUCUCCCCGACCUCCGUCCAAGGGAAGGCGGACAUUCGUAUUCGGGUGGCCAUCCCACUGGACUACGAGACCGUGGACCGCUACGACUUUGAUCUCUUUGCCAAUGAGAGUGUGCCUGACCAUGUGGGCUAUGCCAAGGUGAAGAUCACUCUCAUCAAUGAAAAUGACAACCGGCCCAUCUUCAGCCAGCCACUGUACAACAUCAGCCUGUACGAGAACGUCACCGUGGGGACCUCUGUGCUGACAGUCUUGGCAACAGAUAAUGAUGCAGGCACCUUUGGGGAAGUCAACUAUUUCUUCAGUGAUGACCCAGACAGAUUCUCGCUGGACAAGGACACGGGACUCAUCAUGCUGAUUGCCAGGCUGGACUAUGAGCUCAUCCAGCGCUUCACCCUGACGAUCAUUGCCCGGGACGGGGGCGGCGAGGAGACCACAGGCCGGGUCAGGAUCAAUGUGUUGGAUGUCAACGACAAUGUGCCCACCUUCCAGAAAGAUGCUUAUGUGGGUGCUCUGCGGGAGAACGAGCCUUCUGUCACACAGCUGGUGCGGCUCCGGGCAACAGAUGAAGAUUCCCCUCCCAACAACCAGAUCACCUACAGCAUUGUCAGUGCGUCUGCCUUUGGCAGCUACUUCGACAUCAGCCUGUACGAGGGCUAUGGAGUGAUCAGCGUCAGUCGCCCCCUGGAUUAUGAACAGAUAUCCAAUGGGCUGAUUUAUCUGACAGUCAUGGCCAAGGAUGCUGGAAACCCCCCUCUCAACAGCACCGUCCCUGUCACCAUCGAGGUAUUUGAUGAGAAUGACAACCCUCCCACCUUCAGCAAGCCCGCCUACUUCGUCUCCGUGGUGGAGAACAUCAUGGCAGGAGCCACGGUGCUGUUCCUAAAUGCCACAGACCUGGACCGCUCUCGGGAGUACGGCCAGGAGUCCAUCAUCUACUCCUUGGAAGGCUCCGCCCAGUUUCGGAUCAACGCCCGCUCAGGGGAAAUCACCACCACGUCUCUGCUUGACCGAGAGACCAAGUCUGAAUACAUCCUGAUUGUUCGCGCAGUGGACGGGGGUGUGGGCCACAACCAGAAAACUGGCAUCGCCACCGUAAACAUCACCCUCCUGGACAUCAACGACAACCACCCCAUGUGGAAGGACGCACCCUACUACAUCAACCUGGUGGAGAUGACCCCCCCAGACUCUGACGUGACCACGGUGGUGGCUGUGGACCCAGACCUGGGGGAGAAUGGCACUCUGGUGUACAGCAUCCAGCCACCCAACAAGUUCUACAGCCUCAACAGCACCACAGGCAAGAUCCGCACCACCCAUGCCAUGCUGGACCGGGAGAACCCUGACCCCCACGAGGCUGAGCUGAUGCGCAAAAUCGUCGUCUCUGUCACUGACUGUGGCAGGCCCCCUCUGAGAGCCACCAGCAGUGCCACAGUGUUUGUGAACCUCUUGGAUCUCAAUGACAAUGACCCCACCUUUCAGAACCUGCCUUUUGUAGCUGAGGUGCUUGAAGGCACCCCUGCAGGGGUCUCCAUCUACCAAGUGGUGGCCAUCGACCUCGAUGAGGGCCUGAACGGCCUGGUGUCCUACCGCAUGCCGGUCGGCAUGCCCCGCAUGGACUUCCUCAUCAACAGCAGCAGCGGCAUGGUGGUCACCACCACCGAGCUGGACCGAGAGCGCAUCGCCGAGUACCAGCUGCGGGUGGUCGCCAGUGACGCAGGCACGCCCACCAAGAGCUCCACCAGCACGCUCACCAUCCACGUGCUGGAUGUGAACGACGAGAUGCCCACCUUCUUCCCGGCCGUGUACAACGUGUCCGUGUCCGAGGAUGUGCCGCGCGAGUUCCGAGUGGUCUGGCUGAACUGCACAGACAACGACGUGGGCCUCAAUGCCGAGCUCAGCUAUUUCAUCACAGGUGGCAACGUGGAUGGGAAGUUCAGCGUGGGUUACCGCGAUGCCGUUGUGAGAACCGUGGUGAGCCUGGACCGGGAGACCACAGCCGCCUACAUGCUCAUCCUGGAGGCCAUCGACAACGGCCCUGUAGGGAAGCGGCACACAGGCACAGCCACCGUGUUCGUCACUGUCCUGGACGUGAAUGACAACCGGCCCAUCUUUCUGAAGAGCAGCUAUGAGGCCAGCGUCCCCGAGGACAUCCCCGAAGGCCACAGCAUUGUGCAGCUGAAAGCCACAGACGCGGACGAGGGCGAGUUUGGGCGUGUGUGGUACCGCAUCCUCCAUGGUAACCAUGGCAACAACUUCCGAAUCCAUGUCAGCAAUGGGCUCCUGAUGCGAGGGCCCCGGCCCCUGGACCGAGAGCAGAACUCAUCCCACGUGCUGAUAGUGGAGGCCUACAACCACGACCUGGGCCCCAUGCGGAGCUCCGUCAGGGUGAUUGUGUACGUGGAGGAUGUCAACGAUGAGGCCCCCGUGUUCACACAGCAGCAGUACAGCCGUCUGGGGCUUCGAGAGACCGCAGGCAUUGGAACGUCAGUCAUCGUGGUCCGAGCCACAGACCGAGACUCUGGGGACGGUGGCCUGGUGAACUACCGCAUCCUGUCGGGCGCAGAGGGGAAGUUUGAGAUUGACGAGAGCACAGGGCUUAUCAUCACUGUGGAUUACCUGGACUACGAAACCAAGACCAGCUACAUGAUGAACGUGUCGGCCACUGACCAGGCCCCGCCCUUCAACCAGGGCUUCUGCAGCGUCUACAUCACUCUGCUCAAUGAGCUGGAUGAGGCCGUGCAGUUCUCCAACGCCUCGUACGAGGUUGCCAUCCUGGAGAAUCUCGCACUGGGUACCGAGAUUGUGCGGGUCCAAGCCUACUCCAUCGACAACCUCAACCAGAUCACGUACCGCUUCGACGCCUAUACCAGCACCCAGGCCAAAGCCCUCUUCAAGAUAGAUGCCAUCACGGUGAGGGACUGGGAGGGUGCACCAUUUCUUCCAAUCUAACCAACAUCGGUUGAGCUGCUUCUAUGUGAACCGCACUCUCCUCUUUGUCAUAAAGUGUCCUUGAGAUGGCCAAGUGUGGUGUCAUGUACUUGUAGUCCCAGCUGCUUGAGAGGCUGGGCAGGAAGACUGCUUGAGCCCAGGAGAUUGGAGGCUGCAGUGAGCUGCGUUUGCACCACUGCACUCCAACCUGGGCAAUAGAGUGAGACCUUGUCUCUCAAAAAGAAACAGAAAAAAGUCCCUGAAAUAAAUAUCCCUGUAACACACCCAUUUUCGUAUGUAGGGGUAAGAUAAAGUUUAUACCUAUG